AACCACCAAAUAUUAUCGAGUAGUAAAUGGCAGUAGUUUGUGUACCAAACACAAGUCAAACUUAAAAUAUAUCAUCAUAUCCAUACGUCAAAUUAGUGGUCAUUAGGCGCACAUCCUUGUUACAAUAUUUUAUUGUGCAUUGUGCAAUUUGUGCAUGAAAACAUGACCAUCAAGCGGAAACAAGGGGAGCUUUGUAAAACAACCAAAAAAGUGAUUAAUUAAUAAUAACAAAGAACAGGUAAAGUCAAAUGGCAUGAACUAAGAAACUUUGACACAAUUCAGGAACAUAGGUUUCAAGGCAAUUGAGUUCUUGAUAUAUUGAAAGCAAAAUACAUGAUCAAAGUUCAACACUACCCGAACACAAUUUCAUGCUGCAUCUUUCAUUAAGUUGUGAAUAUCAUUUAGUGUUCCACUUGUUUGAAACGUAGAUAGCAUAUGAUUCACAAUCGUACCAAAUUUAUUUAAUUAGCAUAUGUAUUAGAUCAUAUGCUAAUUAAAUAGCUUUUAAAUAAUUUUCGAAUAUUCAUCUUACUGGCGAUAUUCUUCAUGAAUCAUUAACCCAAUAAACCUACUUUUCUUUAAUAAAGGAUGUGUCGCAGAGAAUUUUUUUGGUCGUUGCAUAUGUUUAGUAAAUAAAUACGUGGAAGUGCAUAUGUACGCAAUACGCUCAAUAAUAAUAAAAGAGUUUUACUAUUCUCCUAACUUUUAACGAACAUCCAGCAUCCGGUCGUCGUGGUUGUUGCAGCCCAAAAUCGCCGCAAAGACUCAUUUAUUUUACGAUUGAAGAUUAUUUUAUUAUUAUACAAUGCAACUCACGUGAUAUUACAUAUUCAAGAUUCCACAUAUUACUUGUACCACAAUUGUACUAUCCUGCCCUACACGAAGGCAAGCAACUGCAUACAGACUGGUUCUGAAUCUGACUUUAUUAUUGUGUACGCAUAACUAACCUUAUAUCACCAUUAUUAUGUAUUUCCUUACCUUCUCAGGUUAAUUUUGCACAUUAUUAACUCGCAUGCACCUGCAAGAAGACAUGAAGACGAAAGUUGAAGGCUGCUGCUGUGACUGAGCCUCCCAUUCAUGUUCUCUCAAAGACUUCCACAACAAAAUAGAGAGGUAGCAACAUACAUAACUUUAUUCCCAAACUCUUCAGAAUCUCAGAGCAAAACAAUUUUAUGCCACGCAUAAUCUAUCAUGCGAAACUGUAACGUUUGGCUUAUUUUAUGGGAAACAAUCAGCUCAACAUUUUACAUAUUUACACUUUCUAUAAAUUAAGCAACAUGUUAAAGUGAUAUUAUCCGGCUGUGAUGUGAUUUGAAAUCUCGAGUGAUUUUAAAAUCUUUAAAACUUUAUCAAACGAACCACAAGAACCGAAAAAAUGGAUACCAGAGGAUCAUUUCCUCACCAAUCUGGGGAACAAGAGGGACUUGCUUCGUUGUGUGAAAUUGGGGAUCCGAUAAUGAAGACAAAUAAAAAGUUUAGUGCAACGAGUUACACAAGUUCGACCAGAUUUCAAAGAUUUGUAAUUUCAUUCACUGGUUCCGUGGAGAAUUUUUUCUAUAGAUGGGGAUACGGAGUGGCAAGUCAUCCUUACCAAACCCUGACAGCGUGCCUCUUGUUCACUUUAAUUUGUAGCAUGGGACUUAUGAAUUUCACAUAUGAGGACAGGCCGGAUAAACUUUUAAUUUCUCAAACGUCUCAACUUGCAUAUCACACAGAUUGGCUAAGGAACAAUUUUCCUUCUCCUGUGAGGUUUAGCGUUGUGAUUUUCGGCGCAGAUAACGUUUUAACGCCUCAGGUGUUUUCAAAGAUCAUGGACGUACAAGAGCGAAUAGAAAACAUUACUGUUAAAGGGCGCAAGUGGAAUGAAAUUUGUUUCAAGUUGCCAGUUACGAAAGGGAUCACUGUGAACUCGAGAAAACGCCGCAAUUUGGAAAGUAGCUUUGAGGAUGACUUUUUUAACUCAGAUAUAAAUAGUAAUGACGACGAGUCAAUCAACAAUACCAGAAACGAUGCAAAACAAAAUGACCCUUACUACGAUUCCAUGCUUAGUAUUGAUGACGAUAUAUAUUGCGAAUUUGUGGAGAGUUUGGACAGUGCAUGUUGGCAAAUCAGUCCACUGGAAUUGUGGGAGUUCAACAGAACGAUAAUUGAUAAUUUAACCCAAGACGAAAUUAUCCGAAAAAUCAAUCAUGAGAAAAUUAGUCCAAUAUUUGGGAGGCCUGUCAACUUCACAACGGAGUUGGGUGGAAAAAUUACAAAAAACGAUAAAGGGGAAGUCAUUGGAGCCACGUCAAUUAUGGUACUUUGGUCGAUAAGUGUAAAUAAGACGGCGUUAAAGACCGGCCAAGCAGUUAGAGACGACGGUACAGGUGAGCUUGCAGACGAAAUUUCCUUGGCAUGGGAGAAAGAGUGGCUUGCAGCAAUGGAACAAUAUGAUGCUACCAUUAACAAAAGCGCUUUGAGUUUCAACUAUGUUUCCGGCCGAAGUUUUGGAGACGUGUAUAAACAGACCAUGUACAACGACAUGAAGAUUGUAAUUCUUGGCUAUGCCGUCAUGUUUGUUUAUGUCGGAUUAAUGCUUGGGAGAUUUAACAUGAUUGAACAAAGGCCUUACUUAUCAUUGGCUGGCAUAAGCUGUGCUGCUCUUGCUGGACUAGUGACUUGUGGCAUUUGCUCCACGUUCGGUCUAGCAUUUGGGAAUGUUAACAAAGUUUUGCCUUUUUUACUCCUCGGGGUCGGUGUCGACGACAUGUUUGUGAUAAUGCAAUGCUGGAAAAAUCUUUACCCCAAUGUUUUAGCGAAAAAAUACAAAGAAUCAAUUCCUCAACGAAUUGGUAUAUCUCUAAGAACGGCUGGAGCCAGUAUUACCGUCACAUCGUUAACAGAUAUGGCUGCUUUUGCAGUCGGAGCAACUACAGUCCUACCCGGAUUGAAGUCAUUCUGUAUUUACUCUGCUGUAGGAAUCAUUGCCGUUUUCUUCUUUCAAGUUACAUUUUUUAUAGCGUGCCUUGCAAUUGAUCAAAAGCGACUGGAAAAUCGACGAAAUGCAUUUAUAUUUUGGAAGCAGUACACAGAGGCAGAUUAUGUUCCUAACAAAUGGAGUCAAAGCAGUUAUAUUCAAAUAUUCUUUGAGAAAAUAUUGACCAAAGUUAUUCUUUCAACUCCAGGAAAGGUGUGCGUACUAUUAAUUACCUUAAUGUUCCUGGGAAUUAACACGAAUGGUAACCUGAGGCUUCGACAAGAAUUCGACCCAAUGUGGUUUCUUGCACAGGAAUCCCACAUUGUAAAAUAUAUCAACGCCAAAAAGGUGUACUAUCCAUACACGGGAUUUAACGGAUUCAUUGUGGCAGAUCAAGUCAAUUGGACAGCUAGUUUUCCGGGCUUUGAAAACUUUGUUCGAAAAAUGAAAGAUGCAGACGCCAUAUUUUUAUUUGACCCUUGGUACGACGACUUUAAAAAGUAUUCCAACAGAAAUUUCAAAACAGAUAUUCCAAACAAGCAAAUUACUCCAGAAAAGUUUCAGAGAUAUUUAGGGAAAUUUCUAUUUAGUCGCGUCGGGUCAAAGUACAGACAGUAUUUUAGAGCUGAAAAGGAACUCACUUGUGGACAACGGGCUUCUCCGAUUGAAAUAUCCAUGAUGCCAUUCAAAUUUAAAUAUUUCCGAGGCAGAGAUGAACAUAUCCCUGGAAUGAAUUCACUUAAAACCCUUGUGAAAAAUGCGGACAUGAAAUUUAACAAUGGAUCAGGUGGACGACUUUUUCCUUGGAGUUCCGUGUUUGUCAGCUGGGAGACCGAUGAGAUUAUUACUGAUGAACUGUAUAGGAACGUCACUUUAUCUCUGAUAUGCGUCCUCAUUACAAUAUUUUUCCUUCUAUUUAACUUUCGGGUUUGCUUAUUUUGCGGAAUAUGCGUAAUCUUCACUGUCAUCGAUGUUGGUGGGGUCAUGUAUUAUUGGGGGCUCAGUAUUGAUACGAUAACGACGGUGGCAAACGUCGUUGCAAUCGGUCUUUGCGUUGAUUACGCAGCUCAUAUUGGACUGGCGUUCUUAAUGUCCACCGGGAGUAAAGAUGAGCGUGCAACCAAAGCGUUGACGGAUAUUGGUCCAGCCGUUUUGAACGGAGGGUUUAGCACAUUCUUGGGCAUCAUACUUUUAGCAAACUCAGAAACUCAUGCAUUGCAAUCAUUCUUUAAGGUCUUGACCGCGGUAGUGUUUUUUGGAUUAUGGCACGGUUUAAUAUUCCUUCCUGUGCUGUUGAGUCUCGUGGGACCAGAUCCUUACCCAGUAACAAUUUUGGUGUCAAAAGGAACUCAUGGACCUGUUCCACCGGCAGAUCACGAGGCUCCAGUGAAUAUGAAAAAUGAAAACAUAGAAUGGCUUCCUCUAUCUCAAACAACGAAUACUUGCGACGAUAUUAAUGCAACAAAGGGAAAUGGAAAGGUUUAAUUGUCAACAAAUUGUUAUAUAAUAGCUAGUCGAAAAUGUUUGUGAUAUAUUAUUAUUUAAUUUGAAAUACAUGAAACUGUUAUUAUUCCGUCCUAACCUCCA